AUGACUCGAUCAGAUGCCGACCAAGUUCUCCCCAUGAAGGAAGAGGACGAGGCUGGGAAGCCAGGCAACCUGGGUGCUUCCCACAACCAAGAGCAGGAACACAAGGAGACACAGCACGAACCGAAGGAAGAGCAGCAGGAUCCUCCAUUGCCUGUGUCUACUACCACUGGUGCCAAUCUGCCUCAUAAAGUUCCCACUGCAAGUGCUAUGUUGGCAGCAGAAAAACGAAAUAUUGCAUAUCCCAAAAAGCGUGCACCAGCCACAGACACCAAUGAGGAGCAGCCGAUCCACAAAGAGAAAGAAACAGUGGAAAGUACCCGAACUGGGGAGGUCAGUGCCCUCUUGGCACAUGAAAAGCGGCACAUUGCUUAUCCAAAAAGUGGGCCAUCGGGCGGAGCCACCGGCAGCAACCAAGGAUAUAGGCCUGAUCAAAGCAAUGGUGACAGCAAUCAUCAAAUAGCAACCGUGCCUCCGCCUCAAGGUAUCUUUGCCUCAGAGACUUCACAGCCUCCUCCUUCAGGGGCCUGUCCAAGGGUUGACAACAGCGGUGAAGUUCCAGAUGAAUUUGCCGAAACAGAGAAUACUCAACCACCUACGUUCAAUCCUGUUGAUUCCAAUACUGGCUUGGCUGUGGCAAACUUGGUCGAAAAUGAAACAACUGCUCAGGAUCUGCCCCAGGCUCAAGACUACAGUCCAGAUGAAAACAACACAAACAGAGAAGAGAGGAUGACUCGAUUCAAAACCAAGGUCCUCUUUGGAGUCAUUAUUGUCUUGUUGCUGGCUAUCGCAAUAAUGUUGGUGGUUAUUUUUGCUUCUGGAAACAAGACGGUGGAGACAGUCAUGCCAUCUCCCUCCCCAACUUCCAUCCCAACAGCAGCACCAACUUCUUAUUCAGAAUACUGGCUGUCGCUUUUCCCAGAAGCAACAGUCUCUGCAAUUCUGGAGGAGCCAGCAUCACCCCAGUCAAGGGCAUUUGAAUGGCUAGUGGAAGAGAUGGAUGUUCUGCACAACCUUACAGAUCAGAGAGUGGUACAACGAUUUGUACUAGCCACAUUCUAUUUUGCCAACAGCGAAGAACAAUGGCUCUUCAGUAACAAUUGGCUCAACCACAGUGUUCAUGAGUGCCUUUGGUAUUCAAGUUUGGAGGAUUGGUAUUUCUUUUCUGAGGCAAAUAUAUAUAUCCCACUGGAUCACAUCACUCCCUGUGAGCAAUAUCCGGCUGGAUAUCUAGAGGAUGGCAUCUUGUACCAGGGAGAUGGAAUCCUGAAACAUUUUUGGCUCUCCUUUAAUGGUGUGCACCAUCCCAGAAGAGCUCUCUGGCCUUUCAAAUUUGGAGUAUCUUUCGAUGUUGGGAUGUGGGCUUUUGGCUCCAUUCCUGAAGCACUCGGAAGUUUGUCAAAACUUGGAGUUAUCCACUUUUUCUACAACUCUUUGACAGGAACUAUUCCAUCAUCCCUUUUUUCCCUUACAAACUCAAUGCAAGCCAUCACUUUGGUGGGAAAUCAGCUUACAGGACCUAUACCAACAGAACUGGGAUUGCUAACAACUUUGGUGGGUCUAGCAGUUGAGGCCAACCUUUUCACGGGGACAAUUCCCACAGAACUUGGGCGAUUAACCGGAUUAAGGUCACUGUUCCUGGCGGGCUUGAAUCUGAAUGGUGCUCUCCCAAAUGAGCUUGCAGUUCUUACAGACAUGGAACUUCUGCAACUGCAUAACUCGGGUCUUACAGGGACACUCCCUAAAUGGCUUGGCAACAUGACAUCCCUGGAAGGAUUGACUCUGUCGGACAACUCCUUGACUGGGACUAUCCCGACAGAGCUGGGCCUGCUGACAAAAUUGUGGAACUUAUGGCUUGGUGGGAAUGCUUUGUCGGGCGGAAUCCCAAGUGAAAUUGGAAAGUGUGAGCAAAUGAUAUUUUUGGUCUUGGAAAGAUGUGGUCUCACAGCAACCAUUCCUACAGAGCUUGGUCUGCUUUCUGAGUUAUUGCAGUUGUGGCUGUUUGACAAUGAUUUGACUGGAACAGUGCCCCUGGAACUUGGCAAUGUUCCUUUCCCUGCUCCUUAUGGUCAAGUCUGGUUGGAUCGAAAUGAUCUUUCUGGCAUUAUCCCUGAGAGCUUGUGUUCUGCCAAUGAUCUUUUAUUUGACUGCAGCAGCCAGCUCUGCGGGUGUGAUUUGUGCAACUGUUCUGACAAUAGAACAUCACCGAUACUGGAUGCAAACCAAACUGAGGGGAACCAAACUGAACCCUGA